GUGCCAACAAAAUAAUAAAAAGCUAACUUUUUACCAAGUUGACUUUGACACAUUGGGCCAAACACAAACACAGGGCCACAAACACACAGUUGUUGGAAAGGGACGGACAGACAGCUUUGAGAAAGAGACGGCCAGCUGCUGCGCGAAAGAGACGGGCGAGGUGGCAAGUUACUGCAAGCAUGAAAAUGCCCGAAAAUAAGUGCAGCAGAAUAUUUAUUUGUGUUGCAUUAAGCAAAAUGAGAGUGGACAUAAAGAACUUAUGGAGAAAUGUACUCUAAAAUGCAUAUUGCCGACUGUCAAAGCAGAGAAAACGAGGAGCAUUUAAUGCAUUUAAUAAACCCAACCAAUGAAAGCACCAGCCAUUCAAUUGAUAACCAAACAGACUGAUAAAUGCAUUCAUAUUUUAUUUCUUCACUUAGGCAAAGCAAUUAAAUUCUAAUAAAUUUAUUAGCAAAUAAAAUUCCGUUUUUCGGACUAAGUGCGGCACCAGCAUGAACUAGGUCAACAUAUUCGCUCUUCAGCUACUUAAAUAUUUUAUUUACCCAAAACUUAUUGAACAAUCUGCGCGUUACAGAAACACUCCACGUGCCCCAUUAAUUUGCCUUAUCCGCGGUACGUGUAAUUAACAUCAGCUCUUGGCCAAAACUAACAAGCGUCCCAGACGGCCAAGAAGAGAUACGGUGCGAGAGUCGAGUCAAGAACAAGUCGAAACGAAGUGAGAUUAAUGGAUUUAAUCGCGAAAAAUCAGUGAUAAGCUCGCGAAUAAAUGGUGCCUCAUUAGGACCGCCCAACGAACUGGAGCUAUAAAAGCCAGAAAGCUGCUGCUCACCACUCACAGUUUCCACCGCCAGCCAAAGCAAAAUGCAGCCUCCACCGAAGACUUACUCCUGGUUGCUCCUCUUGCUCGUCCUUUUGGGCAUUAGCAUGGCCAGGACCGCGCCGAGGCAGGCGACAAGUACCUACGUCGUUCCGAUGUCUUGGAACGAUCUACUUGGGACGUUCAAUUUCCCGGAGCCGCAGGAAAAGUCCCAGGAGAUUCCCGAGCCGCGUGCGUUCUCUGUGAGUCUGGAUGAUUUGAGUCCCGGUGGACAGCAGGCGGAUGAUCUGCAGCAGGUGGUCCUGUUGACCAGUGGACUGACUCCCGCCCAGAUUGCCCAGCGUAGUCAGGGCCGGAACAAUGAGGGCAGAUUCUUUGGACGCGGCGGCGGCACCACCGUGGUGGUGAUCACCGGUGGUGGCGCUGCCAACAACACUAACAACAACAGUUUUGUGAGCACUCCGGCAAGCACAACCACAACGGGCACUCGAACCUCGGAGUUUAUCCGGACGCCAAUUGCGUACCCGGCCGGAUUGCCCAUGCAGUAUUUCCGUAAGCGGCAGGACGACGGAUCUUCGAUGUCUUAUCCGGAGUUCCUCCGCUGGAACGAGGCGGCUUUCUACGGCGGAGAUUUGGGUUUGAGCGGCACCAAUGGGGGCUAUAGUCUGCCGGGCGUCCCCUUGGUGCCAAUCACCGUUGGCAACGAGGUGCGGUAUGUCCCAAUGAAUCUUCGCAUGCUCCGGCAGCUUGUCGGUGAUCCCACGUCGGUGGCUCCCCCUCCACCGCCGUCAAUCAGGGAGCAGGAUGAUCAGCUGGAGGACGACGACAUAUCCGCUUUGGGCUUGGGCCCCGAACUAGAAGUACUCGACGAGAGUCCCAAUGACGGAGGCCAAGAGGUCGCAGGUUCUGGUCACUCGGUCGCCGAUUCACCCGGCUUCGGAAUCCUUGGCCAGCGGCUGCGACAACGUCCUUUGGUCAGGAGGCGACCACUGCAGACACUGGCCCAGAAUAUUCGCCGGGUGCAGUACGUCAGGAAGUAAUGGGCGGACCAAGAUACCAGAUCAACAUGACCAUGAUGACCAUUAGAUUUUAAUUUUUUUUUUUACGA